GUAAUUGUAGACCUGAAGGGUCUUUGCUUUGCAAUAGAAUAGUUAUAGCAUCGCCCCCAAAAAAUCCGGAAGAAGAAAUUAUCAGAGAGAUAGCAAAACGAAUCUUGCAAAAUAGAUAUGGGUUUAGUGAGGAUCAAUAG